AUGCUGUGCAUCGAAGCACUGAAGCUCACAUCAUCGGCUAUACCACUAUACUUCGGUGGUAAGACUUAUCACGUCGACAGGAACAACCGAAUGGCACUGCUAGGUGAUCGCAUUCUCACGUUAGCUUUGUGCGAUACUUGGUUCCAAACGGGAAACCCUGCAGCAAACUACAGUAAGAUGCAAAGCAAAUUAGAAAGUCGAAAGGUUCUUCGCGAAAAAGGGAAAGCACUUGGUAUACGCGAAAAUUUGGUAUGGUAUAAUCAGUGGACCCCAAAGCCCAAUGCCAAUUUCGAUGCCGACGAUGCGUAUGGCGAGGCGGUUGCCGAGGCGGUUGAAGCUAUCCUUGGUGCCGUGUGGGUGGAUUCUGGGAAAAGCAUUGAAACUGUCAAGGAAGUCAUCAAAAAAGCCGCGCUUGAUACACACAAGCAAUUGAAAGUAGACGUUCCGUCUCAGGACAGGUAUAAAAAGAAAGAGCUUUCGAAACUCCGGAAUUUGGAAAAUGAGGUACUCAUGAGACGCAAGAAGGAAUCGAAACGAUCCAGGAUAGAAUACGAGACAGAGCAGAAACAACUCAGGAUAGACAGAGAAAAGAGUCAGAGCCUGAACGAAGAAGCACAGCCAGAGAGCCGCAACCCAGCACUAAGAUCAAAACUCACACACUUCCUAAAGAGAAGCCUUGGCGCAAUGGUAGCGCGUUGGUCUUCGGUUGAAAGCAUAAACACCAAAGGAUCAAAACCGAAUCCGUGCGCAAUCGCAGCCGCUAGCAGGCUAUCAAAGGAGCGCAACAUGUUAAACGAUAAAUCCGGUCAUGACUACCUCACAGCAGACUCUGGACGACAGCUUUCAUCAGUAUCUCGCAUAGAGGACGAAGAAAAGGUAGAUACUCCGUGUGAGUCAGGCGACCAGGAUCCACAGAUAUCGUCGCCAGCGAAAGAGGCGGGCCGCAGAGCUAAAGGUCAAUCGCAACAGAUCGAUGCUAUGAGUACAGGUUUGAGCCAGGACAAAUUGCCCAUGGAAGAGUUGGCGGGUUUGAACACUGAAGACCAAAGACGUAAAGAGACUCUCUGGCUGCGUGCACUUGGGAUGCAAGGGAUGUUAAAGAUGCGGGGUAUAGACAUAGAUGUUUGGAAUUUGUACCAAAACAUGGAAGUAAGCGUGCGAAAGAACAGCAAAGCGAGAGACAGGGUACGGUUACCCGUGGAAGAGUUGCGGGUUUCACACCCUGAACACCGAAGAGUUAACAUGAAAUGCCGGCUGCGUGCAGUUGCGAUACAACACAUGUUGAAGACGCGGGGUAUAGAUAUAGAUGUUGAGAGUUUAUACCAAGACGUCAAGUUCAUCUCGAUAAAGGACUUGAAAUCUUUGACGGUAGAGGAAGCAAGAUCUAUACAGGAAAACUCGGUUCCUGUAUGGAAAAUCAUCGGACAGGAGAAAUUUUCUACCAAGAUCAAGUCGGCUUCCCCUGCUCUUGAAUCGGGAAGGAACGGCACAGUCACACCUCCAGUCCCAGUGUCAGGUCAGAGACUCUCGAGUUCCCCGGAGCAGCCCAGUCCCAAGAAAAGAGCUCGGUCAGCUAGAAAAAUCCGUGAGAAGACUCUUCAGAAGCUCUCAAGACAUCUAGAAAACACAGGCUUUGAGAGCGCUUCAGCUGUCAAUAGUCGAGACGAAAACAAAGAGAUGAAAUUGCGCACUAAGGAUGUCGAACAAUUAGAACGAGAUAUCCUCAGCUCCCACAGAGACAUAUGGCAAGCGAACGGGACUGCUGAUUCAUCAUGGAAGCCUACCAAACGCUCCUACGACCGUGUCGCCAAUAUACACCUUUCACGGGAUUAUCAAAUUCUCGCAGAGCAGUUGGCUAGGCGCACUCCAACAACCCGUGAAGCCACGAAUGAAGAGGACGCUGGACCAAGGAACUCGUUACAGGAGGACCUUCUAGAGGCGGACAUAAAUUACAGACCAUUCGUUCAAUUAGAAUCCGAUAAGUCAGCAACGGAGGUGCCUGCUACGCCCGCUACGCCUGCUACACCACGACCGGGGCCUAGAAGAAAACUUACACUAUAUACCCCCAGUAUUCGAAGGCACAUGAUUCUAUCUGCUCUUAGUCAAAGAGCAUAUUAA